CUGCGGCUUGUCCCUGUCGACUAUCGGCGACAUGCGAUCCCUGGUCGAGUUCUCGACCGUAGUAGGACCCUACGCCGUGGAAGUAGUCAGGCUGCUUGCCGCAGAAGCCCCUGGUCUUAUGCAUCUGACGUUUGUCAAUCAGUGCGCCGCAAGCUGGCGCCAUGAAGAAGAUAUCGCGAACGUUCUUCAUUUCCCUUCACUUCAAAGUAUCCGGCUCUGUGGCGCGCCCUACCUGGGCCAUUUCCUCCAAUACUUGGACGCACCGAAGUUGGCACGCUUGCAAAUCGAGGACUUGCGCAUCGACGAUGUCGAUGUCCUGGCUCACUACGUCAGGGCGGUUACGACUCCAGCUGCGGACACCGCGAGAUUCCCUCAGUUGCGAUGGCUUGGACUCGAGGUCCAUGCCGUCUCCGAAACGGCAUCAGCACCUGCUCUCGGACAUCUAUGUCAGCUUGUUGCUGCUUUCCCUCGCAUUCAACACCUCACCUUCAGUGGUCCGGAUGUUGGCGCAUUCGUUCACGAACUGCGCAGCGGCGGACCGAAACCGGCGGGAGUACUCAGUGCUUUUUUGCCCGCGCUGGAGACGUUCAGUCUGUUUGGCUCGCACGACUACGGUUUCCUCUAUGAAGUCGCAGCGCUCGCAGAAGCGAGGAAAGCAGCUGGGGUCCCAUUGCGCAGCGUCGAGCUGUCCGUAAUGAUCACGCUGUCGAGAAAUAGUCUGCCGCAAAAGCUCUGCAAGAUACUGCAGAUGCACUUCCGUGGGACGCGUACGACAGGAGUGAUGUAUCCCAGGGUCGAGACAUGGGUACAGAGUACUUAUGAACGAGAGGAGCGGCGCACCACUUUUGACGAUACUCAUUUGUUUUGCGCAUUUAGGUUUCGGAAGCACAAGCCUGUGGGAGACCUGGCACGAUGGAAGCCUUGAUCAGGGCUCAUAGUACUAUGGACGUUCACGUUCGUUGAGCAUGUCGAGUAUAUAGUCCAGCCUAGUAUGAUAUGAUGGUAGUCUGGUGUCCAUUGAUCCAGACGAGCCAUGGCAGAGGUGCACCGAAGGGUAAGUACAGUAAGUAUAGCCCAGUGUCAGCAGGCUGCGUCACUGGCGGCCGCUCGUUCGCGCGAACCACAACCAUUCCAAGUCCGUAUUG